GCACACAAGGUGUCCCUCAGUAGUCUGAGCAGCAGCCGUCGCUCUGGAUACAAGCUCAAAGCUGCAACCUCAGCUAGGCCAACGGGGCAGCUAUUCUGAGUGAGCAACUGAGCAUUGCGAAGCUUUCCCAUGUCAGGCAAUUUUACUAGUUACAUCUGGGUACAAGCUCAAACCUGCAAGCUCGGCUAGGGGCUGAUGUGUAUGAUAGCUAAUGAGGGCAGCCAUUCCUGUGACCAUGUCUAUCCGACGAGCAUUGCAUUGCUUUUCUCAUUCCAGCAAUCAGAUCUAGGUAUUCAGAGAAAACAAAGGGAAAUAUCUGGACCGCUAUUUUGGUUAUCGCUCUGGAUACAAGCUCACUUGCAACCGUAUAUGGCUAACGAGGGCACCCUUCCCAUUUGGCUGUGAGCAUUGCAAUGCUUUCCAUGCCAGAUAUCUUCUCCAUCCAAGAAACUCUUACCUGAUGCUCCAGAUGGAGGCAUAGAGAGCAACCUGAGACUUGCAAUUUCAGUCAGAGAGCAACCACAUGGCAGACAACGGGCAGUUCGUGGUCACCAUUGGUCUGACGAACAUCAACACCACGAGGCAAGAUCCCAUCAAUGUCGUGUCCAGCAGAAAUUUGUCACCCUCUAGCCAUGUAUCCAGCUCCAGCAACAAUGAUGAUUUUGAGCUAUUGUGGAGACAUCGUAAAUAUUUGGUACUUCUUGGAGUCCUAGCAGUUGGUGUGACAUACAAUGCUGGAUUAACACCACCAGGGGCAUCGUGGACACUAAACAAGGAUGAUCAUCAUGCUGGUGACCCUGUCAUGCAUGAUGGCUUUUCUGAACGAUAUGAGGUGUUCUUUUACUGCAAUGCAGCAACCUUCGCUGCAUCUCUUGUCUUAAUCAUCUUGCUUCUCAGUAAGAGUGUGACAAGGAAGAGGAUGUGGCUCCACUCAAUGCAAUUAACCAUGAUAUUAGACCUAUUCAGCCUGCUGGGGGCUUAUGCUGCCGGAAGUUUCAGGGCACUCAAAUCAUCCAUUUACAUCUGGGUUCUAGUCCUUGCUGUUAUCAUAUAUGUUGGGAUCCAUACCCUAGUAUCCACAAGGUUUAUUCCAAGAAAAUUGAGACGGAAUCUGCAGAACAUGAUAAAUACAGUUCUAAUCAAACAGGGUUUCCUUGUGAGGCAAGUGAGCAUCCCUUUAGAGAACGUUGAGGAGGCUCGCAAGUUCAUUUUGAUGCUUGUAACUUUUGCUGCUACUAUCACAUACCAAGCAGGAUUGAAUCCACCGGGCGGCUUUUGGGCUGAAAAUGACCAUGGUUCUAAUAAGCUGCAUUUGGCCCUUCCUGUUUACAAUCAUCAUCCGGCUACUUCUGUUCUCCGGAGUAACUACCUUCGUCGUUACAAUAUAUUUAUCACUUCCAAUUCAACUUCCUUCGUGACAUCUUUGGUCAUAAUCAUACUACUUCUGAGCCCAAAAUUGAGUGGACAUGGAAUAAGGACCAAAGCAAUGAUUGUAUGUGUGGUAGUGGACCUAUUGUGCCUAAUUGUUGCAUAUGCUGCAGGAUGUUGUAGAGAGGUAGCAACAUCAUUCUAUGUGGUGUUUAUCAUCGUCAUAGUUUGGAUCUCCUUUGCAAUUUUAGCUGGAUUCUUUGUUACCAGGCCUGUAGCAAAUUGGCUAAAAAAUGUCAAAUCAAGCAGCCUGUGGUGUGUGAGAAAAUUGGGCCGUGCACUUUCAUUGAGCUUUCGUGGCCACAAAUCGAGCAAUGCAGAGCAGACGCAAGCAAUCAUCAAUCUUCAGUCCGCUCAAUCGAUGCACCUGCAGAAGAUAAUACUGCUGAACCACAACACCAGACUGCAGAGGAACUUCCAAAUAUCAGAGAGGAUGUCUCCUAUGAGGAGCAUGCACCUGCAGAAGAAAGAAAUCAUAUUUCAGAUGAUGAAGAGGCUGGAUGUUGCGUCCAACACAGAGUGCCAGUCUCCAUUCCAGCAUGUUGCAGAAAUGGAUGAGGAUGUGUCCAGCUCACCACAUCCUGCUGGGAACUGUCAACGAUCAGAACAUGGCAUGGGUGUCGUGUCUAACAUGGAGUACGGGUCUACAGAAGGCAAGCAAGAUGCAAAUAUGGAGGCAGCUAAAUCUAGCACUGAGCAAGAGUAUGACCCAUUACUAAGCCACCAGCAAACUGAAAAUAGCAUGUGCGGUAUGUCAGCUAACCAGAAAGUUGCAAGUAUGGGGAAGCAAUCUUCACCUGAUGAUCCCGACAUAACUGCUCUUUCAGUUGAGCAAAAUAUGUCAGUCGGGCAGAGUAACGGAGACACUAGUCAUGGCAUAGUGGAUGAAGUGCUUUCUGCACCUGUGGAAACCACUCGCAAUGCGGACCGUGCUGAACAAAACAAUCUGGUUGGAGAUAAUAACCCUAGUGCUGAGAUUCUUGGCAGUGAUGACCAUCCUAUACAUUCUGAGAAUAAGCAUCUGAAGAAGACCCGCACAUGUAUGCUGCUUCUUGCCAUUCUUGCAGUAUCUCUGGCAUACCAAUCAGGCCUGAAUCCACCAGGUGGAUUUUGGUCAAGAAGUACAGAUCAUCAUUCAGCUGCUGAUCGCAUCCUUGAGGAUACCCACCAUCGCCGGUUCAUUGCAUUCUUCUAUCUCAAUGCAAUCGCCUUUGUGGCAUCCAUUGUCAUGAUCACUUUGCUCUUGAACAAGAUGGCGAGCGACAAGGUUACCAAACGGCGUGCAUUGCCAAUAACGAUGAUAGUGGUCCUACUUUCCCUAACCGGAGCUUUUGCUCUAGGGAACUGCAGGGAGGCAAACAAGACUGUUUUCAUAUCAGUGCUCGUAUGUAGUGUACUUGCUUAUGUUCUCAUUCAUGUCUUGAUAGCAAUACAUAUAAUUCCUCCAGAAUGGAGAAGGCAGGUGGCGGAGAUGUUAGAGCACUCAGUUAGUCAUUUUUGCUCAGUGCCGUGUCAAUUUGGCCACAACCAUACUGGGGGUGAUACUAGUGAGAAGGAGUUGGGAAGGCGGCGUAAUCUGCUAUUGACCAUUGCUAUUUUGGCUGUGACUGUCACAUACCAAGCUGGCAUGAACCCUCCAGGAGGUGUCUGGUCUGAUGACCAGAAAGCCAUGGGAACUCCGGGCAAUCCAAUCCUUCAGGAUACCCAUCCAAAACGCUAUGAUGUGUUCUACUACUCAAAUUCAGUUUCAUUUGUGUCGUCUGUGGUCGUCAAAAUAUUACUUGUGAAUAAGGAAUCCUGUGAGUAUGGAAUCAAGUCAUAUGCACUGCGAGUGUGUUUGGUGGCGGGCUUGCUUGGCCUCCUCAUUGCGUAUGUUGCAGGAAGUUGCAGAAAUAUUAAACAGUCCAUAUAUCUGAGCACCAUUGCUAUGGGAGUUCUAGUCUCCCUUCUGAUUCAAGUUCUGCUGUCUUCGAUGCAUGAUACACUAGGAAAACCAUUGGCUAAGUGUCUAGGAUUUCUACACGAUCUUCUCUUCCAUGCAGAGGGUGAACAAGUAAACACUCCUGUGAGUCCAGAAGCUUCAGUUGACGUGAGGUCAGAAGCUUCAGUUGAGGUGAGGCCAGAAGCUUCAGUUGUCGAAGAAGAAAGGGUGAGAAAGAGACACAAGUAUCUGAUGCUUCUUGCAAUUUUAGCAGCAUCGAUCGCUUACCAAGCUGGUCUGAACCCACCUGGUGGAUUUUGGUCUGAUGAUAAGGGCCAUGUAUCAGGCAAUCCCGUCCUUCGUGAUAUUAAUCACCGACGGUUCAAGAUCUUCUUCUGGUUCAAUUCUUUCGCAUUCAUGGCAUCCAUUGUCGUGAUCAUACUGCUGCUGAGUAAAUCGAUCAGGAAGAAGGCUGUGCCAAUUGGGGUAUUGCACUUGAUCAUGAUACUGGAUAUGUUGGCUCUCAUGACAGCUUUUGCUGCGGGGAGCUGCAGCAAAUUGAGGACUUCAGUGUAUGUCUAUGCACUAGUUGGCUGUGUUGUAGUAAUCCUGCUGCUCCUAAUUAUUGUGACAAGUGCAAUUGCAAAAUAUUGGAAGCCAAGAGAGGGAAGUGGGAUUAACUCCCUGAGACGUCCUGAACCUGUUUCAGGAGCAAACACAUCGGCAUGACCUGAAGUUUGAUGCUCCCUUUUUACAAGAACCCUAUUCAUCUAGGAAUCUAUAUUUCUGUAUCAUCUGCGAACAAUUUGUGUGUCUCGUACCAGCAUUUUUCUUCAUGUUCAGAUUGGACUUGAACACCGGUGUUGCUGUCUGUUGUAUGUUCUUGGAAAUUAUUUUAGCAUACUUGAAAUUUGAGCUCGAGCCUAAAGCUGCAUAUCGGGUACACCGUCGUGUGAUGGAGCUACAAGCAGGCAAUGAGGAUUAUCUUCAUUAUUCUUUUGUUGCGCACUAAAUUUUUGUUUUCGAGAUUGGUUGCAUACUAUUCUGCAUCUUUUUUAUACUCGCUAUUUGCCAAUGAAAUUGCUCCGAGAAUUUUGAGCUUUA